AUGGAUAAUAAGUCCUAUUCCAUCGAGCUGACCAACGUAAGGUUUGGUUAUGUCAAGGAUAGGCCAGUGCUGAAGAACGUCAAUCUAAAACUCAAUGUAAAUAAAUACAUCUGUAUAUUGGGACAUAAUGGAUCCGGAAAAUCUACUCUCUCAAGACUCCUUCUAGGCUUGUCCAAAGUGUGGUCCGGCACCAUAAAGAUAGCAGGCAUAGAACUCAACGAAGCCAACUAUAAGAAGGCUCUCCAUAAGAUAGGACUCAUUUUCCAGAACCCUGACUCUCAGUUCAUAGGGCUAACGGCUGAAGAUGACAUAGCAUUUGGAUUAGAGAACAGGAAUGUACCUAGAGCUCUGAUCAGGAAGAUUAUUGAUCAUGUGGCUAAGUUUCUGAACAUUGAAUCUCUUCUGCAUUUGAAUUCCUUUAUGCUUUCGGGAGGGCAGAAGCAGAAGGUGUGCAUAGCUUCCAUAUUGGCACUGGAUCCGGAAAUAAUCAUCUUUGACGAAUCCACCUCCAUGCUUGAUGAUUGA